GCACACUGUUUUUCUUGCCUUGACUGUAUGUGUCCAGCCGGAACAUGGACAUGCGUCCUGCCGAGGAGUUACUCAAGGACUGGGAGAGCGAGCAACAGCGUCUUCGUCAGCUGGUGGUGGACCAGGACAGUGAGGUCUGGCAGAGCAGGCCAGACUUUGCAGGUCUGCAGAGAGUCGCUGGGGUGGACCUGUCUUUCAUCAAGGGGGACGAGGUGAACGCUUGUGCUCAGCUGGUGGUCCUGAGUUACCCAGAUCUCAAGCUCUUAUAUGAAGAUAGUCAGAUGGUGACGCUGACAGCCCCCUACAUCGCUGGCUUCCUGGCUUUCAGGGAAACUCCCUUUCUUCUGGAGGCGCUGCAGCGGCUCAAUGGCAAGGAUCCCUCUCUCAUGCCUCAGGUGGUGUUUGUGGAUGGGAACGGUCUCUUCCACUACAGAGAGUUUGGUCUGGCGUGCCACCUGGGAGUGCUGUCUGAGCUGCCAUGUGUUGGUGUUGCAAAAAACCUGCUCCAGGUGCAAGGAGUGCACAAGUCUGGCGAGCACCAGUCGCAGAUUGCUGCCCUGGAGAAAGGUGGCGACAGCUUCCCACUCAUUGCUGCCUCGGGCAAAGUUCUUGGAAAGGCACUGCGUAGUUCUGAGAGCAGCUCAAAACCGGUGUACGUGUCUGUUGGACACAAGAUCAGUCUGGAUACGGCUGUACGACUCACUCAUGCCUGCUGCCGCUACCGUGUCCCAGAGCCUAUCAGACAGAUUGGUGUGCGCGGGCGCAAUGUUUGUAAACAAGAGCUGCUGCUUUUAUUCCCGCGGUCUGAAUGCUGCGGCUUAUACAACAAUGCGGUGAAGAAAUAGAUUUGUACAGCCUACGCUAUUGGUCAAUCCGCAUCGAGGCACUGGCUUUGGCCUGAGACUUCGAUUGAAUGGCUCACUGCCCAGGUAGGCACCACCCACUAUCUAUAAGCCCCUUGUUCUCUCCUGCUCGGUCUCUUUUUCUUCUCAGCCUUUGACUUGUCACCAUCAGGUGCUUGGUAUGUUGUCUUGUCUAGUUCCUGCAAGUUUUGUGAGUUAGUGCUUGACGCUGCAGACCAGCACGAUGCCCGUGUCACAUGUUUGGGCUCAGUGUAUCUACCACUCUAGGACU